AUGCUCUCGUUGCCCCUCCAGACAAAUUGGCGGCUGCUUAUAACUCCUAAGGUCACUUGUGCUGAAGAUCCCCCAUAUGUGGUGCUGAUGGCGAUGACGGGAGCUGGAGACCCUGAGGGGCGGACUGUCAUAAGGAGCACAUGGGGAGGGGUCAGCGAGGCAGCCGGAAAGAGGGUUCGAUUAUUCUUCUUGUUGGGCACCGUGGAGUCGCAGGAUGUGCAGAAGGCGGUAGAGAAGGAGGCGGAGGAGUACGGGGACAUUCUUCAGCACGCAGCCCCUGACAAAUACACUAAUCUUGCAACAAAGGCGGCGACGAUGAUCCAAUGGAUGGCGGCGUCUUGCCCUGAGGCGAAGUUUUUAGUUAAGGCGGAUACUGAUACAUUAGUGAACUUGGAUGUGAUGAUUCCUUAUUUGAUAAAAGUGGAGAACAAGGGGGAUCUCGCUUUAGGCUAUCGUUUAGACAACAUGCCUCUCAUUACUUCUGAGAAAUCACGCAACUAUCAGGACCCUCUGGUGUUUCCGCGGAAGGUAUUCCCUCCUUAUCUUUCAGGUGCGUGUUAUAUUGUCUCGGGAAGUCUAAUCCAGAAGGUGGUGCGCGUCUUGCCGGAAGUGCCGCGGGUCAGAAAUGAAGACACCUUCUUAGGAAUGUGUUUGGAACGCCUGGGAAUUCAGCCUACUAACAUUGGGUCAGAAGCGCCGAUUAGUCCUUGGUUUGACCCGGCACAGGGACCUUGUGCUGCGUUCCGGCUAGCUGCAGCUCAUUCCUUUAAGCGGGACCUUUUGGUUGCCAUAUGGAGGUGGUGGAAAACCGGAGGAGCCAAAAUGUGUCACUAA